AUGCUGAACCAGGCCACGAAAAAGUUGACCAAGAUGCACGCACGACGGAACCCCAAUCUGUCUCUACAGUCGACAGCCCACUAUUCGCAGUUGGAACCCCCACCUCACUCGGCCACCUCAAGCGCUUUCCUCUCUCCCACAGCCCCCUCACGGCGAGGACUGCUUGCAAGAUCCCCCCCUGCAAGCCCGAGUCUUCCGAGUCUGCUACCAAAGCAUGGAAAGAACCCAAGGAGAAACCACACCAAGCUGGUCAAGAGGAUACUCAUAGGAUGCUGUGUCAUAGCUUUUGUGUUGUGGAUCGUGUUGAGACAGGUAUACGUAAACACGCACCACACAACUGGAUACGAGGACGAGAUGGAAAACGACUGGGAAAUGGUCGGAGGGAGCCGACUGCCACAUGAGCCCUCUGCUGUCGCACUCGUGGAUGCAAAGGGCAAGACGAGGUGGACAAUAUCGAUACCAGCAACCUACGACUUCCCCCUGGAACCCAGACACUACCGCGACAUUUGCCACCAGUCUAUGGAGGUGGCAAAGGAAAUCCGACAAGGAGCACAGAAAUCGUCAAACUUGGCCAGGAGGAUGUUGGGCUACUACCAAAAGGACCAGUAUUACAUCGACAUCCAAGAGGCGGAAGAACAGGCACUGUUGCCGCCCUCCAAGGCUGGGAAGAGGCCCAAGAACUUUGUCGACGAUGCAUCGAUGAAGGAUGGAGUGCCAAAGGAGGGGCUCAAGGUCUGUGAAAAGAGCUUGACCUACGUCAUGGAGACGGAAGAUCCUGGGUUUGGCACUACGCUGAUGCGAUUGUGGAUGUCGUACGGUCUGGCAAAAUCCGAGAACCGUGCCUUUUUCAUUGACGACUCCCGCUGGCCCUACGGCAAGUACUUGACCUACUUUCAACCCCCACCUGCUGUAGACUGUCUUCCUCCGCCAACUUCCCAUAUCGUCCCUUGUCCACAUACAGCCCGCCACAUCAUGACCAGUGCCGCAACCAUUAGGAACACAUUCGGCCACGCUUUUACCGAGGAAUGGGAGGAUCCUACCAAGGGGGGCGUACUGCGACAAGUUAACAUCUUCGGCCUUGCCCGCGUUGGAUACGAAGCUCUCUUUAAGAUGCGCGAGGAGGACGAAAAGUACGUGCUUCAAAAGUCUUUGGACAUGUACGGUUCUAUCAAGGCUGAAGGUGGGAUCAGCAUUGGCAUGCACGUCCGGCACGGAGACAAGCACCCCUUUGAAUUCCAGUACCAGGAGGACUAUGUCCCGCUUACGAGAUACAUUGACACAGCGCGCGAUAUCUAUAUUGAAAUUGUAGAAGGCGAGUCUCCAAAGAAGCGCAACUUACUUUCGUCCCCCUUUUCCAAAGACCCCGUCCAAGCGCGCCAUACCAGCUCAAAGAUGGUGCUUGCCUCGGACGACCCACUCGUCUACGAUUCACCGGAGCUUGGCCCGAACAGUGUGCGGGCACAGGACCGCAUUGCGCUCGCUACCAAGGCUCAGCUCGAAGCUGCUCAAAAAGAACCCAAGAAGAACCGGUGGAUUGACGAGAUCACGGGCUGGGAAGGCGGCUUCUAUCGCAACAUUUUCUUCUCGCUCGGCCAACCCGUGGGCAACGCCCAAGACACGCAGAAGAUCAAUCCUGCCGAAGUUUCUCCUGAUGCCAUGAAACUACGUGAGCUCGUCGGCCGCGCUUAUCUCCUUGACCUGGCCAUGUUAAGCAAGGCCGACACAGUCAUUUGUACGGUGAGCAGUUCGACCUGCAAGCUCUUGGCCGUCAUGAUGGGCUGGGACAAUGCCAUUAUCCAGAACAAGUGGCGGAAUAUCGAUGGCGCGUUUGACUGGCGGGGCGUCGUAUGGUGAAGUCGGCCGACAGUAGUCAGCAAACCUUUUAACCUUUUUUUUUCGUGACGUGGUUUCUUUUCUUGUUCUUAUGUUUGAAGCACACUAGAUUUUUUUUUACUCAAAGUCUGUAGCCACAAUCCUACGUAC